CGCACUUCAGGCUGGCAGCGCAGGCGCAUUGCCCGCACCCCACCAUGUCGGACAAGAUGGCGGCGGCCGCGGCCUCCCCUCAGCCGCAGCCGGGCCCGGGGCCGCCGGCGGUAGCGGAGAGCGGGGCCCCUCGGCCCGGCGGCGGGGGGGAGGUGGAGGCCGAGGCGGAGGAGUUCGGGUGCCCCGCGCACUGCUCCGACCUGGCGUGGCGGCAGAACGAGCAGCGCCGCCACGGCCUCUACUGCGACAUCACCCUGGCGUUCGGCGGCGGGCGGCCCGGCCCGGCCCGCGAGUACCGGGCGCACCGCUCCGUGCUGGCCGCCGCCACCGAGUACUUCACCCCGCUGCUGUCGGGCGGCUUCACCGAGUCGCGCUCGGGCCGCGUGGAGCUGCAGAAGUGGAGCUCGGAGGGCGGCCCCGACCCCGACACGGUGGAGGCCAUCAUCGGGUUCAUGUACACCGGCACCAUCCGCGUCAGCCCCGGGAACGUGCAUGAGGUGCUGGAGAUGGCGGACAGGUUCCUCCUGACCCGGUUGAAGGAAUUCUGCGGGGAGUUCCUGAAGAAGAAGCUGAACCUCUCCAACUGCGUGGCGGUUCACAGCCUGGCGCACAUGUACUCCCUGAACCAGCUGGCCCUCAAAGCGCAGGACAUGAUCAGGAGGAACUUCUACAGGGUCAUCCAGGACGAGGAGUUCUACACGCUGCCCUUCCACCUGGUCAGGGACUGGCUCUCGGACUCGGAGAUCACGGUGGACUCUGAAGAAGUCCUCUUUGAGACCGUGCUGAGGUGGGUGCAGAAGAGCCCCGAGGAAAGAGAGAGGUACUUUGAAGAUCUCUUUAAACUGCUCAGGUUGUCCCAGAUGAAGCCCACUUACCUUACGCGCCACGUCAAGCCGGAAAGGCUGGUGGUGAGCAACGAGGCCUGUGUUAAACUGGUGGCUGAAGCCGUGGAGAGCCAUGCCUUGAGGUCUGAGAACUUGCAGCCUGGUAACUUGCAGCAUUCUGCUUGUCCGGUAGCGUUGCUGCCGCGGUUCGGGCAGAACAUGGAUGUCAUUAUGGUCAUUGGUGGUGUGUCGGAGGGAGGGGAUUACUUGAGUGAGUGCGUGGGGUAUUUCAUCGAUGAAGAUAGGUGGGUAAACUUACCCCACGUCCAUAACCACCUGGAUGGGCACGCGGUUGCUGUGACAGAGUCGUACGUGUAUGUGGCUGGCUCCAUGGAACCAGGGUUUGCCAAGACUGUAGAAAGGUACAAUCCAAACAGGAAUGUCUGGGAGCAAGUCUCCAACCUGCUAACCAGAAAGCAUUCCUUUGGCCUUACUGAAGUGAAGGGCAGCUUGUACAGUAUUGGUGGGCAUGGCAAUUUCAUCCCUGGCUUUAAAGAUGUGUCCGUUUAUAACCCUGAGCAAGACAAAUGGCUUAACCUGGAGUCAGCCCCCAAGAUCCUUCGGGAUGUCAAAGCUGUUUCUGUAGAAGACCGUUUCAUUUAUGUCGCUGCUCGAACCCCGGUUGACAGGGAUAGCGAAGAUGGGCUGAGGGCAGUCAUUAUCAGAUACGAUGCUGACACGAGGCAGUGGCAGGACGUGGAGUCCCUGCCUCUCAUUGAUAACUAUUGCUCUUUUCAGAUGUCCGUGGCUAACACGAACUUUUACCACACAGCAUCGUGCUGCCCCAAGAGUUACCCUAUAGAUAAUGAGGAGGCCAAGGUAAAGAUCUCUGGCAGGGCCUCAGAUGAAAUACUUGAAAGCUUACCCCCAGAGGUGCUUAGCAUUGAAGGAGCAGCUAUUUGUUAUUAUAAAGAUGAUGUUUUUAUCAUUGGGGGGUGGAAAAACAGUGAUGAUACUGACAAGCAGUACAGGAAGGAGGCCUAUCGGUACUGUGCGGAGAGAAAGCGCUGGAUGCUUUUGCCUCCUAUGCCUCAGCCCCGGUGCAGAGCAGCAGCCUGCCACGUGAGGAUUCCCUUCAGGUGCUUGCAGGGCACGCAGAGGUACCCUAUGCCACAAAAUCUCAUGUGGCAAAAGGACAGAAUAAGGCAAAUGCAGGAAAGGCAGAUGCAGGAAAUACACCGACACUCCCUGAGCUUGCGGAGGAUCCCCCGCUCACAGAUAGAGUGCUAGCUCAUGGAACAUCCCUCCUGAUGAGUCUCGGAAGUAGUGUCUUGUUAGGCUGGAGAUGUCUUUAUAAGACAUGAGGGUGUUGGUUUAGUUUGAUGCAUAAAGCCAGCAUCUUUUAUGUACUGAGUAUUAAGAAGCUGAGAAAUGGAGGAUGGAUGGGAAUUGAGGAGCUAUGUGAAUCCAACAGUAUUACUCAGUGGUGCCCAGGGAGAAGCCGUGGCCUGUAUCGGGCUGUGAGGUAUCCCCAGGAACAUUAUGUCUGUUACUUCUGUCUUGGGAUCUUUGUUUUCAAGGACUUCUUUGGAGUUAGGCUCCAACAGUUGUAUUUUGAAAAUCAAAGAUCCCUGUUGUAAUAAGUCAGUGGUUACAUUUGUAUGUGCUUGAAAGCACCUCUCCUCUUUUAUUUGCACUUAUCUAUUGACAUUCCUUUGAGUCUCUCCUCCUCAAUGACUAAACUUCACAUGCGGUUUGUGUUAGUAUACUUUGCUUUGCCACGCUGGAGGCAAGUACACUAGUUACAUCUGUGUAUGAAAACAAAAGCACAAUCUUUCCUUAUCAACUUACUGCAGGAUGGUUCUAUGUGUACUCCGUAUUUUGUAUCUGUCUGUUGUAGAGAGGCUGCAGCGUUUGCUUGUGAAUGGAUGGUUGGUAGAACACAAGGCACUUGCCAGAGCAGAGAGCUCAAGGCAGUAAAGAAGAUGCUUUGUGUUUGACAGCUUCGUUAGGAACUGGGCUCAACAUCAGCCUGAGAAAAGGAGUGAAACCCAACAAAGUACCACCCGCCAGCACGGACUGGUUCCUGCUGUCAGUGUAGAGUAGUAAGAAGGAGGGUAUUUCACAGUAACGGCCUGAAACCAGAGCUGGUUGUAGACCCUUCCUCAUGUGUUGUACACCUUUUAAGCCUAGUGAAAAGGUGAUCAGAAGAACCUCCGUGAGCCUGUUUCCAGUCUGUCUUUGACAAUCAGAUCUCUUUGCCUUCGGUACCCUCUCUCCUGUGCUGCAGGGUCCGUCACAAAUCCACAAGUAGUGUCCUCUUGAAGCAAGACACUUGAGUUUUCGUAGUGUCUCAACAGCUGGAUUUCCCCACUUAGUGUGGUGGGAAGAUUGAAGCUGAUUUCAAUACCUUUCGGUGUGCCAAGGGGGUUUUACAUAAACCAGUGCCCUGACUGGCUCUGGUUCACUUCCUGCUGUGCUCCAAGGAACAGAAAGGGAAGAUUUCCUUCAGAGUAAAUGGUUACUGUCCCACCAAACACUCCUCCUUCCUGAUCUCAAGAGCUCCAGCACGGUUGAGGUUACUGCCAGAUUGAAUGCAUCCUUCCUCCCUUCAUUUCUUCCCCAUCCUUCCCUCCAUUUGAAUGUUCCAGGCGUUCACAUGCAGCCUAACUCAGGAUCUUAGGGAGGGGAAAGGGAGGAGUAUGCAGGGUGUUCCAGAAUUUGUCUAGACAAACCUUGCUGGAGAAUGUAUUUACUGUCUUUGGUUCUUACCAUGGUUUUCUGGUGGUUUUGUUGUGGGCAACUUCUUUGCAAAAGAACUUCUAAAACAGUUUGGCUUUUUGUUUUGUUUUGUUUGAACUGUUUAGCUUUCUGAGCUGAUACUUCCCAUUUCCCAAUUCAGCACCAACCUAGAUCAGAGCUGAAACACUGGGUAAGUCUUUCAACCACACAGUGUGUCACGGUCUCUCUGAUGUCUACAGCCCUUUCUGCUCUGCUUUGCAGUUGCC